UUCAUCCAGUGGGGGUGUUAGCCAGCAGUUUAAGUGGACAAGAUGUUAAAGUAUGUACUCAAAGUGUUGCUAAAUGAACUCUCAUUGCCAAAAUGGUGAAAGAAAACGUGCUAGCUGUAAAAAGGACGGAGAAUGGCGGCCCUGUGGAGAUCCUACCAAGUGCUGAUGACCAAAUACCCCUGGACAGUGCAGAUAGUGACUGCUGGGUCUUUGGUGGGUGUCGGUGAUGUCAUCUCCCAACAGGUGAUUGAGAGAAGAGGGUUGGCUCAUCAUGACGUGCCGCGGACGGCCAAGAUGAUGAGCAUUGGUUUCUUCUUUGUGGGUCCAGUAAUCGGCAGUUGGUACAAAGUUUUGGACAGACUGGUGGUCGGAGGAACUAAAAGUGCAGCCAUGAAGAAAAUGCUGGUGGACCAGUUGUGUUUUGCUCCGUGUUUCCUGGGAGCUUUCCUCGGUAUCUCUGGUGUUCUGAACGGACUGACGGUGGAGCAGAAUGUCACCAAGCUCAAGAGGGACUACACAGACGCCCUGAUCUCUAAUUACUACCUAUGGCCCCCCGUUCAGAUUGCCAAUUUCUACUUCAUUCCUCUACACCACAGGUUGGCUGUCGUCCAGAUUGUUGCUGUUGCUUGGAACUCCUACCUGACCUGGAAGGCCAAUAAGAUGUGAAGGAUGAUAACAAGUCUGGCCUGUCUUGUUGUUGCUGUUGUCGAUGUUGAUGAUGAUUUUACACUCAUUUGUAGUGUGUGUGUGUGACAUGGGCCGUUCUGGUCUAACUUACUUCUCCUGAUAUUUCCAAUGUGUAAAGCUGUGACUGACUCACUUAUAAAGGUCGGGAGAAAGUG